AUGAACCCUGCUGCUCCCGCUGCUGCUGCGCCUGUCCCAGCCCUGGCCCCAGCUCCGGCCCUAGCACAAGCCCCCCUGGCACUUCCUGGCCUGUUAGGCCCAUCGCCCCUUCUCUCCUCUGGACAAGGUGUAGAUCGGAGUGAAAGAAGAGCUUAUCUUUGGAGGCCCUGGCUCUCCUCCACAAGUGACCCCCCAAGGCAGGUGAGGAAGCUGGUGGAUUUGGCCACUGGUGGGGCAACAGCUGCUGAGGCCACCAAGGCUGAGUCCCAAUUCCAUCACCCCGUCAGGCUCUUCUGGCCUAAAUCCCGCUCCUUUGACUACCUAUACAGUGCUGGGGAGAUUUUGCUGCAUAACUUCCCUGUCCAGGCAACCAUCAACCUGUAUGAAGACUCAGACAGCGAAGAAGAGGAGGAGGAUGAAGAGGAAGACAAAGAAGAGGAGGAGGAAGAGAAGGCAGAUGAAAAGGGACCAGAAGGGUGUGUGGGGGUACCAGGGUCCGCACCACACAGGGACACAGCUCAUUCCCUUCCCCACCCCUGA